AUAUGGCGUAGGACCCUCUGCAGUCCAUCUUCAAUCACGCUUUCUCCAUCCCCCUCUUCCAUGGCUCAAUCCGAAACCUCAGUACUCCGUACUCCGGCACAACGAUUAUCGGUCUACUACCCAACCUGAAAAGCAGGCCAAGCAGUCAAGCCCUCUUUAGAUCAGCCCUUUUCGCCCCUGCACCCUUCACCCUUCACUUCUUCACCAGUUCAUCCUCCUUUCCCGGCUGUCAGACAUGAAGGGCCAGUCACUGUCAGUGCGGCAAUCUUGGGCUGGCUGCACACUGCCGGCUAUGCUCAGCCGUCUGACAGAUUGGCACAGUCCGUGUGGACUUGCAGCUGUCUGCAUGGGAGGGGUAGUAGACGUCAGGUUCAGGAGGCGAAUAUGGACGCUCUACCAGGGAGCAUGGUUUGUGGUACAGACAUACAUUGUCAUCACUCUGUGCGAGGAGAAUGGAUUGUCUGGUUUCCUGCUCUUUUCAUCCCUUCCCCUCCCACCCCUCCACCCCUUCCGUCAUGGACCGCUAAGAGGCUUUUCAGCCGCGGGUCCGGGAACUGCAGCAACGGGCUUACCUAAGCGUCCGCCCAGAUCCCAGAUCCCACGCAUGAGUAAAUUGUGCUGAGUCAAAGUGUACAGGACGGAGUACUAAUGGAUGCCUCCGG